AUGGAUUCGUCCCGGGGGCGGCCUGUGCCGGAGGCAGAACCCCCUGCUCUAGAGAAACGCCAGGCCCCGAUCUUCGGCGGAGGGCCUAGCCGAACGCCCUCUGAGCCACCCUCAGACCUCAGGCUGUCGGAGAAGGAAGAGGCCGAGAACGUUAGGGGCGCGAGCUGCCACCCCAGGGCGUCCCCGAAGACUUCGAGCUGCAGUGUAAUCCACGGGUCAGAGGACGAGCCCGGUCCCCGAGGGACGCCGCCUGGUACCAAGAGUCGCCGGGGGGCUACGGAUCCAGAGCACGACCCGCCUCCUUCCUCCCGGCGCCAGGACCCUGAGCCGCUGGAAGUCGAGCCUGCAUCCGAGAAGGUCUGCCGUCGAGGGAUCCCGGGAGGCAGCGGGAUGAAUGUUGAGCAGCAGCAUCAGGAAGAGGACAACGAUGAGGCGGCGGCAGCGGGCAGGACUAGUCGUUCGUUCUCUAGUCGCCUUCAGGACAGCCGCAGCUUGGAUGGGCUGAGUGGAGCGUGCGGCGGUGCCGAGGUCGGUGCUGGCGGCGGGCGCCGUGCCACUAUCUCAAGCGCGUUGGAACUGGAGGGCACUGUGAGCCGCCAAGGCGACCUCACCCACUUUGUGGCCAACAAUCUACAACUCAAGAUCCGUCUGAGCAGCAACCCUCAACCUCCGCUCCCAGCCCAUACACGGCCCUGUACAACGCCCGCACCCACCCCGGCCAUCCCUCCCAUCGACCCCGACGUGUUGCGGGACCUGGAGCGGCUGAGUCGGGAACUAGGCGGUCGGGUGGACCGUCUGCUCCGUGGGUUGGGUGGCGCGGUGCAAGAGCUGACGGCGUUGAGCGUGGGCUGCAUACAGACCUACCGUGAUGCCGUGGACUCCUUAGGCGAAGCGGUGGACAUGAGCAUCAAGGGCAUGUACACCCUGCUGGCGCGCUGCGAGGAGCUGGAGCGGGCCCUGCAGCCGGUUCAGGGACUGGCGCGCCAAGUCCGAGACAUCCGACGCACACUGGAGGUGUUGGAGGCACUGUGCAAGUGA